AUGGAAGGAGCCGCCGGCAGCAGCAGCAGCAGCGUCCGCGUGUUCGACGGCACGACGGACUUCCGCGUGUGGCGCGCGCGCGUGGAGAACGAGCUCAUGCGCUACCACCUCCUGGGCUACGUCAUGGUGCGCGGCUACGACGGCAGCCAGCCCUUCACCUUCGACGGGGAGGAGGUGCCGCCCCGGUGCCCCGUGAUCCACGUCGACGACGAUCAGGCGAUGGUCAAGGAGGAGGCGGCGUGCGGCCACAGCUCCGCCGCCGCCGUCGCCCAGGAGAGCCGCCUCAGCCGCUGGGAGGUGCUGCGCGAGAGCGCCGACGCCAAGAGCAUCCUGCAGCGCUUCCUGCACCCGGACGUGGAGUGCGCGAUCCUGAACAAGAACAUCUACGACAGCUGGAAGAUGCUCUGCGCGCUGUACGGCAACCGCAGCAGCCCCGGGGCGCAUGACGUGUACGAGAUGCACCGCGUGCUGCAUCACAUCCGCCUGGGGGACAAGAAGGGCGAGCCGGUGCGGGAGUUCAUCACGAGGUGGGAGAUGCUCAUGCAGCAGUACGCGCUGGCCACGGGCAUCGAGCUCACGGACGGAUUCCGCUCCGUCUCUCUCGUACAGACUCUGCCUAGCGCGUGGAGACCCAUGGCGGCCUCGUGGAGAGGCAUCAGGCCGUUCGUGCCGUAUGCGGAGCUGGUUGAGAAAGUGAUCGCGACGCGUGAGCGGAUGCAGGCUCAGGCAGAGGCGGCAGUGAAUGCUCCUAGCAGUGCAACAUUGGUGAGACAAACUAGCAACACAGGUAGCAGCAGCCCCGCCGAUGGACAAGUUGGGCAGCUACCGGAAAAGGCAGUGGACAAAUCUGCUGCGGUGAAGCCUGUGGUCCAAACAGAGACCAAGUUUCGGGAGACGACAGUUGAGAUGCCAGCGAACAAGCCAGCGGACCGGCCAGUCAGCAACCCCGCGAAAAAGCCUGGGGAGAAGCCGGCGGAGAAGCGCGCGGCUGAGGCGCCAAGCUCCGAGAAAACAUCGAAGACAAGCAAACCAGUCCCGCCGCCCAUUGAUACAGCGAACAACACGGUGGAUCUGACGAGUGGGGAAGUGUCCACCACUUCCUCGUCGGGUGAGAAGAAGACUUCAAGCAGCACUCGCUCGCAGGACGCCUCGAAGAAGUUGUCGGCAGAGCAGUCGGACAAACCAUCUCGAUCGUCCAAGGACGACAGCAAGCGCGACAAGAGCGACACCUACGAGAAACGCAGCCGCUACGACAAGCACGACACGGAGCGGGGCUACGACAAGUUCGCGUCCUACAGUCGAUACGACAAGCCUUCGCACAAGCCCUACAACAAGUAUGACAAGAAGUACGACAACGACAGCAACAAGUAUGGCGGCCCGGUGUCGUGCUUCUACUGCCUCAAAGUGGGCCACCAUAUGAAGCGCUGCUGGUACCUCAAGGCGGACAUCGAGAACGGCACAACCCACGACAGCCACAACAAGUACUCGUGCACCGUGACGCUGGACCGGAACCAGUACAUGGUUCACUGCCUGGAGUCCUACAUCGACGAGGAGAACCGAGUGCGCGCCGGAUCAUCGACGCAACGCAACCGCGGCGACUACGAGGUCUCAGAGAGUGUGGGACGACUCUACAGCCCGCAGCAACAGAACUUCGUGCCGCCACCGCCGCCAGGUGAGCCUCCUUCGUACGCGUUCCGCGACCAGCAGCAGUCCUCCUCCUCGGGCGUAGGCGCGUCGUCCCCCAACUACCGCAAGCGCUCGCACAGCGUGUUCCAGGCGGCCGAGAGCCGCCUCUCGUCUCGAGACCCGCGCCUCAACCGGUCGCACAGCGUCUACCGCAACUCGGACGCCGCUGAGGAGUUUUCGCCGCGGAAACGCUCGCGCGCACCGUCCUUCGAGCGGCAACUCCAAUCCUAUUACUGA